AUGGUCUUUUUUAUCGUUCUUUUCUUCUUGUAUGUUGUUGAGUCGAAGUACUAUGUCGAAAUUACACAAACAGGAAUCGACGAAAAGCCUGUCCUUUUCAAAAAAUGGGAAUUAAAGGAGUGUUACCGACUGUCUGUUGACAAGUCACAGUCAUACAUGUACAAAAACAAAGAUGACGUUUUGUCGGAGUAUUAUUACUCGGAUUCAGAAUGUAAGAAUGAUGAGACACUUGCCCGACAAAUCACUGUUGGAGAAAAUUCGAAGACAACUUACGAAGUCCCGGAACAUAUCGCCUUUACUUCAUCAGCAGACGACAUAGAUUGUCCGAACAGAGACACUCUUGACAGAAACUAUUACACAUCAAACGUUGUUGAGAGUGGAAGUCAAUUUUCAAAGUACGAAGUGAGGGAGUAUGAAGGUGCUGAUUACUUAUAUUCUCUUCAAUGCGAAGACCAGAACUGCAAGAGUGAAGUCAGUGCGACACGCAUAUUCAAAUGUGAUACAUGUGAAGGUGUUCUUUUGAAUUAUCAAAUGCAGCAAUGUGGUUCGCCGAGUCUAGUUGUUGUUAUCUCGGCGCUUUUGUUAUACCUUCUAAUUUAA